CACUUCCGCUGAAGAUCUCGCGAGAUCAAGUUUCCUUGGCAACAGUACACCGUGUUUUCAUGGAGAGGUCAGAGCGACAAAAGAUUCAACUCGCAACCAACCAGCCAUACGACGAGAGUUUUGAGGUGAAUGCAGAGGAGGCAGCCAGUGUGCACACACCAUCCCCAAGACAGAUAGUUUCUAGGAGGACAGGCAGGCAGAAGCAGAGUGCCAUGGCCACUUAUGCUGGCAAUAAACUAGAAGAGGAUACUAAAAUUCAACUCGCAACCAACCAGCCAUACGACGAGAGUUUUGAGGUGAAUGCAGAGGAGGCAGCCAGUGUGCACACACCAUCCCCAAGACAGAUAGUUUCUAGGAGGACAGGCAGGCAGAAGCAGAGUGCCAUGGCCACUUAUGCUGGCGACCCAACAGUGCUUUCCCUGUGGCUGUCAGAGAACAGCAAACAACACAAUGUUGCUGAAGUAAAAGUAAAGAGCAUCGAAAACCCAGAGAAGAACCCCAAAGCCAUAGACAACUGGAUCGAGAGCAUUAGUGAGCUGCAUCGGUCCAAGCCUCCAGCUACUGUACACUACACAAGACCCAUGCCAGAUAUUGACAGCCUGAUGCAAGAGUGGCCACCUGAGUUUGAGGAGCUUUUGGGGAAGGUCAAUCUCCCCACCGCAGAUAUUGAUUGUGAUUUGGCAGAGUAUGUCGACAUUAUGUGCGGAAUCCUGGACAUCCCCGUGUACAAGAACCGGAUUUACUCACUUCACGUCCUGUUCACACUCUACUCUGAAUUCAAAAACUCACAGCACUUUAAAUCUGUAGCGGAGGGCCAGAAAUCCGACACACCGCCUGCUUCACGUACAGCCACUGCUGAAUUAGAAAGACUCACUUUGGACUGAAGUCUCCUUCAUGGCCUAUUUUCAUACAUCCUGUUCUGCAUAUUAGAUUGUGUGAAUUCUUCAUAUGUUUAUGUUUA